UAUUGUACUAGCUGGGCGUGAUGUGGCUGCACGAUCACGACACGCGUAAAUGUUAAGUGAUGUGGGCAGGGACCCGCAGACUUAUGAUUCACUCCAAAGGAGGAGCUUAUACAUUUAGAGGAGCGUGCAUCUGUGCGUAGGGUGGAAGGAUUGGAUGCACUGACACAUACGUGGUUUGUCUGCGUAUUUCCUUUCUCUCAGUUGGACCCUGUGUUGGUGAAGCGCACAGGAGGACGACAGGAUGGAGCGGAUGGAGUCGAUGGAGCCCAUUUCGGCGUACUACACCACGGCUUACCCGGAGAUCCAACCCGAUAGCGCGUACGGAUCCAGGGAGACCACGGAGAGCCAGCCAAAGACCCCCCCCACUCCGACCUAUGACGAGGAACUAGUGCACAAGACGAUCCUGGUCGGGGACAGUGGAGUGGGUAAGACAUCUCUGUUGGUGCAGUUCGAUCAGGGCAAGUUCAUCCCCGGAUCCUUUUCUGCAACAGUGGGCAUCGGAUUUACGAAUAAAGUGGUGACUGUUGACAAUGUAAAGGUUAAACUGCAGAUUUGGGACACAGCAGGGCAAGAAAGGUUCAGGAGUGUGACACAUGCAUAUUACAGAGAUGCACAUGCUCUACUUCUGCUGUAUGAUAUCACUAGCAAAUCUUCAUUUGACAACAUUAGGGCAUGGCUAACAGAAAUCCAUGAGUACGCGCAGAGUGAUGUAGUCAUCAUGUUGCUGGGCAACAAGGCUGACAUGAGCAGUGACAGAGCCAUCAGGAGAGAUGAAGGGGAGAGGCUCGCCAGAGAGUAUUCAGUUCCCUUCAUGGAGACUAGUGCAAAGACAGGAGUCAAUGUAGACCUGGCCUUCACUGCUGUGGCUAAGGAACUGAAGCACCGGGCCGUCCAGCACCCCAGUGAACCCAAGUUUCAGAUUCACGAAUACAUCGAAGCACAAAAAGAGAAAUCAGGCUGCUGUAGCUACUUCUGAAUCACAUCCUUUCAAUCCUCCUCCCACAACAGACUGUCAGAGCCACCGGGUGGGAGGAAGCCCUACUAAAUCACUUGUGCUCUCAAAAUAGGACACUGGUGUUCAUUGAAAACUAAAAGCCAAUACUGACCAGCAGUGUCAGGGGACUAGACUCACAAAACCCACAAUUUCCUUUUCUGAAAAGAGCACACCCACCUCUUCUCUGCAGAGUGGCAUUUGUUAUUCUAUUAGCAUUUAUACCAGGGUAGAACUUUUAAAGGAAUAGUUUCAUCUUUUUUGACAUUUAUAGAUUAGAAUAGUGAUAUUGAGCUAGUAUCAAGAUGUCUGUCGUGAUCAAUCUAUAAAUGAAACUCGUUUUACUCUGUGCAUGUCUGAAAGCGCUACUUCCUCUCACCAGUGCAGACACAUUAAGUUCACAUUAUUUUGGAAAAACAUAAACAGAAGUAAGACAAAUGGUUUGUUGAUCAUGUCUGACUUCAGCCACCAUUUGUGUUUUCGAACUAUAUCUAAAUUUAGAAAUCAAGAAAGUCACAGUUUGCGGUAAAUAUAGUGAGGAAAUAGCAUGCUUUGUUUUAAUCUGGUCGGUGGAAUUUGUCCUGAUGUGACACCAAAACAGGCCUCAUUUCGGUUUAUUUCACCUCAUUCUUCAAGAAGAAGGUGAAAGACCUAUAAAAUAUGUGAAAACUACCACAUGUUUGGUCAUUUUGAAGCUGCAGAGACAACAGAUUAGCAAUUCUCUUGUGUAGCAUUUUCAUUUGCAACAUAUUUCAACAGUUUUACCACAAACUAUAGCUUUCUUGACUUCUAAAAUGAUCUUUUAAACUGGAAAAAACAUCAGAACGUAAAUGAUGGCACAAUUCAGAUGGGAU